CUAUGAAGGGUUGCGGCACGCGAGCGCCCCACUACAGCUACCCGCAACACCUCGUGAUGGCUCGCUAACUCGGAGGAUUCGUGUGUGUGCGUGCAUGUGUGCGUGCGUGUGUGUUCGAGCACACACACACCACUCGUCGUAGUAGCGUUAAGGGAAGUGCAAAGGGUGGGUGGGUCGGUUGGCGUAAGGUGGGGGAGCAGGAGGAACUCAGACAAAUGGCAGCUGCUUUGACAGGGAGGUGCGCGUGUGCGCGCUGGCGCGUCUGACGCUUGCUCGUGCUGCCCGUGCUGUGAUUGUGGUGGUGGUGGUCGUCGUCGUCGCAGGGACGGUAGUCUAGUCGUGUCGCCUGCUGGUGUUGGCGGCACGACUUCUGGCGAUGGUCCACAUCCCAAACAUCCGAGCCAACCUCUUAUGAAGGAGGCAGACGACAUCGCCAAGCGAAGGGCUCUGAGCGCCCGUGUCCUGGGUUAUCGUCAUCAGAGCGCAUGCGCUAGAACUGGAAUCCCAGGUAGGGAUGGAACGCUGGGAACGACGACGUACGAUGGGCAACAGGAAGUACUGGCACCCGGCUGUAAGACUGUGGCUUCUGCUCCCGCUAUUGCUGCGACCAGUCUUUGCCAAUCACGACGCCUCCCACGGCAUUGGGUCGACCAGCAACAACAGCAGCGACAGCAACGACAUCAGCAGCAGCAGCGCGGCAGGGAUCAAGAGUGUCAUCGUCCGCCUCAGCUCCCAGGGAUUGCGGGAGCUGCACGCGAGGGCGGGUGACGUGCUAGUCCUGGAGACGUCACGACCCAUCCGUGCAUCUUCAGUCGUUAACGUCACACGCUCCUUACCCCGCUCUUCGUCGCCGCCCGCUGUUCUGCGGCUGCUGCAAGUAACCGACGGCAGCUGGCUGGUGCAGACGGCGCGCAAGGGCAGCGUCAUCAAGGACUGUCGCGUGUCACGUGACCCACACGACGUCCGUCGCUUCGAGAAGCACUUCCUGCACACGGUCCCAGGUCACGCUGACCUGGGAGACGCCUUUGCCGCCUACGUGCGCAUGUCCUCCUUCAGCAUCGCCCUGGGCAGAAGGACCUCGCAUCACCGCCCAGGAAUGCAGAGGAAAUUCCGUCGAGGUGUCUGGAUGCCAUUGCUCUCGGCAAACUCUCAUGGACGGCUGGCCACGUAUCUGGACGUCCAGCUCCAGGUCAGCGAGUGUCAGGACUUCCUGUCGACGGCCAGAAAACAGCUUCAGGCGCUGGAGGAAGAGUCGCAGGAACACGACACAGAGUUGCUCCAGCAGACGGCCCCCGACCGAACUCCGUGGCGAGGCAAGAGGGAUUUACUCUCCGGCUGGUUGAUUUUUCCUGGCACAAAAUGGUGUGGCGAUGGCGACAUCGCUGAGGACGAGAAGGAUCUUGGUUAUGACGAGGCGCUGGACUCGUGUUGUCGAGAGCACGACCACUGUCCACACGUCAUCCCCCGCCUGACGUGGCACUACAAGCUCUUCAACUACUACCUCCACACCCUCCUCCACUGCCGCUGCGACCGCAGGUUUCGCAAGUGCCUGAAGAGCUCGCCCUCACCCUCGGCACACAUGGUUGGCAAGAUCUACUUCAACGUCAUCGGGCCCCAGUGCUUCAAGUUCACCAAGCAGAAGACCUGCAAACGCAGGAACUGGUGGGGCCGUUGCAAGCGGUACGGGUACGUCAAGGUGGCCCACCCGACGACUCAGAAGUACUUUUGACGAAGUCGCCACUGACUGUGGGUUUUACAGCGAUGGCAGCAUCUACAUGUGGACUUGGUGUGAAUGGCAGCCUGGACAACAAGAGGUGAGGGCUGAUGGGUAGGCAGGAUGAAGUGGACAUGCGUGGUUCGCGUCUCGGAGGAGCUCUUCUACCUCAGGAAGUUAAAAAGAUGAACAUUUCUGCGUGUUUCUUUGUGUCCGCCUAUAGGGCGCGGGGGGACUGCUGGCGAGGAUUCGUGUUUGGGAAAAGAAAACAAGGGAUUCGCAUCCAAUGGUCGUCGUUGGCGGGUUCACUACAGGUGGAAACUGCAAGGAAUCUCCUCCCAACGCGGCCGGAAAUCUCUUUGACGAGAAGUGCGCACGCGCGUGGCAAGCUUUGGUUUGAGAGGGCGAGACUAGGGGCGCACGUGGCAUGCGCGGGUCAGAGGUCAACAGGGUACGUUAUGAACUGGAAGCACCUGGUAUGACCUUGCGACGACGAAAGAUAUCGCAAAAAAAGAAAAAAAAAUGUAAAUAGAGCAAACUGAACAUCCUGCUGAACAACCUGCAAACUGUCGAGACAGGUGGACAGGUGGACAGGUGGACAGGUGGACAAGCACGAAGAAAGACAGCAGUGUACAUACACACGCAAAUACAACACAACAAACAUAAAACAUUAAACCGACAAAAAUUAAAAGGGUAAAAGUUAUAAUAAAAAAAUCCUUCGACUAAAAAAAAUUUUAAUCUUAAUUAAUCAAUCAUAACAUAUAUGCAGGAAACAGAUAAACAAUAAACAACACAAAACAUUGCAGCAAACGCAAAUAAAAAAUUCGUUAUGUCUCUUGGGUAAAAUCAGUUUUUAUCAUCUACCUGGCGCAGACCAUAUCACACCUGUCUGGGACUAUGGGAGCUAUUCUAACAUCAGUAGAACCUGAGUUUGCAGAUGACUGAUACCUAGACUUGGGUUAUUUUGAACAAUUUCGACCCAAGAACUAGCCACUGGUCCAGCGAACGCAGAAUAAAUUCUCUACGAAUUACUUUAAAAUUAUUUCUGACAUGACAAGAAUGAAUGUAGAUUGUAAUAUUGUUAUAACAGUCCGGUCUUUCGUUACUAGGACUAGAAGUUAGUUUGUACAGUUGUACAUAUCUCUUGUCUCAUGUUCUGGACAUGUCUCUUAAUAUCAUGAUGCUGGAAUUAGUUGUGGAUGGAGUUUGUAUGACAAGCGUGUGGCCUGUGUAGCCUGGGAAACAUUUUUUGAAAAAAAUGCUAUUCCAAUCAAGAUUCGCCAACAUAUCAGGCUGCGUUGAAAAAAUAAACAAUUCAACAAAAUUGAAGCAAAAAACAACAAAAACAAACAACAACAAGCAAAACACGGUAGCUAUCAGGUAAUUUGUAAAUUAUGUGUAACCAUGUUUCUAUCUUUGAUUCUUUCGCUUCUCAGGAAUGAUUUUUUACGAUUACUGGAUAAAAUUCUUGAAAAUUGUAUUGUGUACAUUUUUUAAAGAAAUUUCGUUGGACAGAUUUGUGACAGUUGAACAGAAUGUGAACAUGGUGUGUCAGACGUAAAUAAAAUAUUGUCAAUUGUG